AAUCUCGUUGCCGUAAAGGUGCACGCGCAUGCGCAGAUCUCUCUGUCUUUUGUUGGAAGGGAAUGACUGGCGUUUUCAAUGCUCUCUGCUACAGCAUCGCAACAUUUAUAGGCGAAUCCUCUGAAUACAGUACAGUGGGUGAAUACAACUUUGGAAGAGGAUUUAACGAUUCAAGACGGUGCCCCGAAGCGGUCGAUUGUGUGAUCAGAGCGUCUGGAAUCCUCAUCGAUUAACCCAUCAUGGCUGAUCUUGAUACUGAUUUCACCAGUGGAGAUGCUGGGGCUUCUCUUACCUUCCCCAUGCAGUGCAGUGCUCUGCGUAAGAACGGCUUUGUGGUGCUAAAGGGACGUCCAUGCAAGAUUGUGGAGAUGUCUACUUCCAAGACUGGCAAGCAUGGACAUGCCAAGGUGCACUUGGUUGGAAUUGACAUAUUUACUGGAAAGAAAAAUGAAGAUAUCUGUCCCUCCACCCACAACAUGGAUGUUCCAAAUAUCAAGAGACUGGACUAUCAACUGGUUGGCAUUACCGAUGGCUACCUUUCCCUGCUGAAGGAUAAUGGAGAUCUACGUGAGGACCUCAAGCUGCCUGAGGGGGAUCUGGGCAAAGAAAUAGAGAGCAAAUUUGAAUCUGGGGAUGAAUUUCUGGUCUCUGUGUUGGCUGCCAUGGGGGAGGAGUGUCCCAUUGCCAUCAAGCCCAUGAGCUCAUAAUGAACAGAAGCUGACAGGCUGGUUGAGUGAGGGCCUCUAUACCACAAAUAUUACAUUUUAGUUCUAAAAGUCACCAAAGCCACAGCCUUCACAAACCACGUAGAAUUGUUUGUGUUAAACAGUAAAGAUGCUGGACCUUUUGACCUGUCUCAUGAGGUGUUGUCUAAUCAGAAUAUUUCAUAUCACAAAGGGUUUCCUGCACGCUUGUUCUUUAUUAUUUCCCCCCUCAUUCAUUCCUUUUUCAUUAUACAGAUGCACUUUUAUCAUUCAAUAUUAAAAAUGAGAAUAGUUUUUUAAAGCUCUACUUAUUGCAGAAACCUUUUUAUUCAUGCCAAUGGGCCUUAAACUGUUGCAAAUCAGGCAGCAGCCAUAGAAGAUUACCUCUAUGAAUCUCACUGACUAGUUUGCCGGCUUUUGGUACAUCUACAUUCGUGCCAAAGCCUGUGUGUCUCAGGUAGGCUAGGGUUUGUCUGAAUGUCGCUCUAACAGCUUGGCACUUGUUGGGGUGGCCGGCAACUAGCGAUCCUAAGGCAGAAAACAGACUAAAAAUUUUACUGACAUUAAAUCCAGACCAAAUGACCAAAUAUAAUGUAGUUGAUCUGAAUCGCAAAACCUUUUUUUUUUUUUUGUUUUGUUUUGUUUUGUUUAAGUAAUUCUAUGUAGUUUUACUCCACCUGAACUUUCCAGAAACGUUCCAGGUUUUCUUUAGUUUAAGUUUACAGCAUUUGUCCCUCCAUAAUUAACACUUGUUUUGGUAGCAAAGCAAUAACCCAAUACCUUUUGUUUCAUCUUUUUAGUAGUAAGGGAAGAUGAUUAUAAGAAGGGCCUUUGAGCUUUGCACUGGCUAACCUGCUGUGAUUCAGCAGUAAUGAACGCCCUCUGUAACAAACUCUGUUUACAGUAGCUUUGCUAUACAACAAAUUUUUAUGCUGCAUAAAUUAGCUUAUUUUUUGUACUUACGGACAGGCACAGUGUGUGCACUAAAGGGCUUCAAUAUCAACACUUUCUUUAGAGUUCACGCUCUAUAGCAUCUUACAUGCACCUGGCUUGUUUACUGGUAUAAAGGCUUUAUUAGUUCCCCCCACUUUAAGGGCACAGUUUGCAUUUUUUUGCUUAUAAAAAUAUAGUAUUUUGUAGUAAAAAAAAAAAAAAAAAAGCAUUUAUUUACUCUGAAAUUCCUUUUUUGAUGUAGAAAUGAGGAACGUUGCUAAUGUAUCUUUGCAUUUGGGUUCCUCUUGGUAUUAGUUUUGAUUCUGAUUUUUUUUUUUUUUUUUUUUUUUUUUUUUUUUUUUUUGUUAAUUUGUUUACUGUAGGAUGGAUCUGCAAAUUAAAAAAAAAAACUCUUGGUUGGGCAGAAUGUUUUUCUUAAGAGGUAUUUUCAGCUUUGUUGGGGGUCAUCUUGCGAUGUUCUGUUUCAACUAGUUUUUGUUAUUGUUAAUCUAGCUCUCGUAUAAAAAGUGGCCGUAGAUCUGAGAGCUCAAAUAAGUGGAAAGUAUUGUAUGACUGUACAGUAUUGAAAAGAUUUCACGUUGGCAUAUCAAACUCAGCGAGUCUCUCAGGUUUCCAGUGUUCGGUUAUUUUGCUGUUUGUAGUAUUAGUCCUAAAUAUCCCUGUAAAAUACCUCUUCGUCUCUAUCUGCAAAUCAUUAGUGUUCAUGCAUGCGAGUGGAUUACAUGGCUUUUUUUUUUUUUUUAAAUGGAUGCAUAUUAUUGGUUCAUUUCUUAAAUUCAGCAGCUUGACCUAUGAGUUACAGACAGAAAGAAACGCAGGUCAUUACCAGUGCAGACUGUAAGGAUAUGCUUAAUCAGACAAUAGUGUUCAGUGUUUUUCAUAUGGCUAGUUGAAUGAUAAUUGUAAGAAACCACAGAUUGGGAUAUGAGGGGAGCAAUUAUAAUAAACUCAUCUGAAAAACGUACAA